AUGCAGCUCUCACUCCUCCUCGCUCUUCUGCCAGCGGUUCUGGCCCUGCCCGCGCCAGUCAUCGUUCCCCGUGCUGGCACUCCCAUCCCCGGACGCUACAUUGUCAAGGUCAAGAACGAGAACGUUGAGAACCUCAUCAACAAUGCCUUGAAGCUUCUCACCAAGGACCCUCAGCACGUCUACAAGUUCGGUGGCUUUGGUGGUUUCUCUGCUGAUAUCACUGAUGACAUUGUCAACCGUCUCCGCAACCUGCCCGGUGUCGACUACAUUGAGCAGGAUGCCGUCAUCAAGGCCAACCUGGGAGAGUUCGACGAGGCCCCUCUCGAGAAGAAGGCCUACGUCUCCCAGUCGGGUGCCCCCUGGGGUCUCUCUCGUAUUUCCAGCCAGAGCCGUGGCGGUACCACCUACACCUACGACAGCACUGCCGGUGCCGGUACCUGCGCCUACGUCAUCGACACUGGUAUCUACACCUCCCACCCUGAGUUCGAGGGCCGUGCCACUUUCCUCGCCAACUACGCUGGCGAUGGCAGCAACACCGACGGCAACGGUCACGGCACCCACUGCGCUGGUACCAUUGGCUCCAAGUCCUACGGAGUCGCCAAGAAGACCCAGCUCUACGCUGUCAAGGUCCUUGGUGCCGAUGGCUCUGGCACCAACUCUGGUGUGAUUGCUGGUAUCAACUUUGUUGCCAACGAUGUCAAGACCCGUAGCUGCCCCAAGGGUGCCGUUGCCAACAUGUCGCUUGGUGGCAGCCGCUCCACUGCCGUCAACUCUGCUGCCGCCAACGCUGUCACCGCUGGUGUCUUCAUGGCUGUUGCCGCUGGUAACGACGGCCGUGACGCUGCCAACUCUUCUCCCGCUUCUGAGCCCACUGUCUUCACCGUUGGCGCCACUGACAGCUCUGACCGCAUCGCCUCUUUCUCCAACUACGGCUCCGUCGUUGACAUUCUCGCUCCUGGUGUCUCUAUCCUCUCCACCUGGAUCGGCGGCCGCACCAACACCAUCUCCGGUACCUCGAUGGCUACUCCCCACGUUGCUGGUCUCGGUGCCUACCUCCUGAGCCUCGAGGGUGCCCGCAGCCCCGCUGCUCUCUCUUCCCGCAUCCAGAGCCUUUCCCUCAAGAACAAGAUCACCGGUGUUCCCUCCAGCACCGUCAACUACCUUGCUUUCAACGGCAACCCCAGCGGUUAAAUGCAUCAUUUAGCUUGAUCAUUCCCAA